GAGUGCUUUCCCUUGGUGCUUUUUUCGGAAGAUGGCGACUUGGAGGCGGCUGCUGCUAAGGUCACUUUCAUUUUCACGAUGGUCUUCCAUUUACACACGACGUUUUUAUGGUUCUUCCAGCAGCAAGUUUGAUCUGGUAGUGAUAGGGGGUGGAUCAGGAGGCUUGGCCUGCUCAAAAGAAGCUGCAGAUCUUGGCCGGAGAGUUGCUGUAUUAGACUUUGUAAAACCUUCUGCUCAUGGGACCAAAUGGGGACUGGGUGGAACGUGUGUAAAUGUUGGCUGUAUUCCCAAAAAGCUGAUGCACCAGGCAGCUGGCUUGGGCCAUGCCUUAGUUGAUGCCAGGAGUUUUGGGUGGGAGGUGCCUGAAGCUGUUGGCUUUUCGUGGAAAAGGCUCACAGCAGGAGUACAGGACUAUAUUAAGUCAUUGAACUGGGGUUACAGAGUUCAGUUGAAAGACAAGAAAGUUGAGUACCUAAAUGCUUAUGGAACCUUGGUGGACAAGCACACAGUCAAGGCUGUCAAUGCCAAGGGCAAAGAGCAAAUACUCACAGCUGAUAACAUAGUGAUAGCAGUUGGAGGUCGCCCACAUAUACCUGAGAUACCUGGUGCAUUAGAGCAUGCUAUAACUAGCGAUGACAUUUUCUGGAAGUCAGAACCACCUGGUAAAACGUUAUGUAUAGGGGGAAGUUAUAUAGCCCUUGAGACAGCAGGUAUUUUGACUGGCCUUGGGUUUGAUACUACCGUGAUGGUACGAUCUAUAUGUCUACGAAACUUUGAUCAGCAAAUGUCCAGGUUAGUUACAGACCAUAUGAAAAGGGAAGGAACAAGGUUUUUAUGGAAAUCCAACCCUUUGAAGAUUGAAAAGAGGAGCAAUGGAAGAUUGCUUGUAACAUAUUCAGACAUAGAAGGUAGCAACCAUCAAGAAGAAUUUGACACCGUCAUUAUGGCAACAGGUCGAAGAGCAUCAACUAAAUCCCUGGAGCUGGAAUCUGUUGGUGUCGAACUACUUUCUGGAAAAGUCAUUGGUGGCUUUGAGAAUGACAAUGAGAAAUCUUCUGUUCCAAACAUUUAUGCCAUUGGAGAUGUUUUACAUGGUGGACUAGAACUGACGCCAGUUGCUAUUAAGGCAGGAAAGUUGUUAGCACAUCGGCUAUUUGGAGAAGAAAAAAGGCAGAUGGACUACAGUAAGGUGCCUACAACUGUCUUCACUCCAUUAGAAUAUGGCUGUGUGGGACUGUCUGAACAGGAUGCUCUUCUGAAAUAUGGCGAAGACUUUCUUGAGAUCUACCACGCUUUCUACAAACCACUGGAAUUCACUCUUCCAGGCAGAGAUGCUGCAGAAUGCUACAUCAAGGUUAUAUGCCAUAGACACAAACCACAACAGGUCUUGGGGAUCCAUCUCACUGGACCUAAUGCAGGAGAGAUUAUCCAGGGUUUUGCUGUUGCACUGAGGUGCAAGUUGUCCUUUGCCCAGCUGGUGCAGACAGUUGGCAUACAUCCAACCAGUGCAGAGGAAUUGGUCAAACUGCGCAUCACUAAAAGAUCUGGCCUUGACCCCACUGUCACAGGUUGCUGAGGUUAAGACGUCUCUGCUGUGCCUUUUCCUGGCUGACGCAGACCUGAAGACAUUGAGUGUCAAGUCUGUGAGAAUGUGAUUUUUGCAUGACAAGUGUGUUGUGACAGGAUUUUUUUUAGCUGGUCAGGAGAUGCCAGAAGGAUCCAGAGACUACAGUCAAGUGUGUGUGUGUGUGCAUAUGUAUACUGUCGGGUUGAAUGUGGUUGCUGCAGUCAAGAAAAAAAAGCAGAGAUGUCAUAGAUGUUAUUUUUAUGUGGAAUCUGGAGGCAGCUUUCCCGAGUUUCUUUUAAGGUGUCUCUGCCACCCUGUUCACAAGAUGAGGUGUUUUGUUCUCAUCCAACAAAAGUGGUCACUAGUGAAAGCUAUGGAAAUGCCUUACAUCCAGCUUUUUGCUAAUUUUGAUCACUUGGUGUUCAAGUGGCCAAUGGCUUGAUUUCUUUCUUACAUGAGGAUGUGCAUAGGCUCGUUGAGAGACUCGGAAAAGCAGCCUGAUGGUUUGACUGCAAUGACGGCCUGGCCCCAAACUGUCAGAGGGCAAGACCUGAUGAUCCAGUCAACCUGUUUUCCUAUCAUGUAGCAUAUUUUCAUAAUCAUCUGUGAGAUCAUGUUUCCUUUUGAUGCAUUGUUCAUUAUGAACUUUUUAUUUAGGUCAUCUACAAUACGAUUUAAGAUAUCAGAACUUUUGCUUCAUUUUCCUCCGUUUUCUUUCCUUCUUUCUUAAUCUUCUAUUCUCUUUUUGCUAAAAUCUGUGAAGGAUUGUCCUUUUUCAACCUUUUAUUUUCUUUUGUCUUGUUUUUCACUGCUUCCUCUUCUUAAUUCUGCCUUCUUCAUGCUUAUGACUCAUAAAGUGUACAGCAUUGGAACAAGUCAUCCUCAUCAUUUUCUGUUUGUUAAACUUCUCAAGAGGAAGUCUUGGAAGAUGUUAAAGUCAGCUGUUGUAGACUAUUUACACUUUCUUUUUACACUUUACACGUUAAAGAAAAUUAUGUGCUUUCAUGUUCAAGUCCAGUUCCUAGUGUGCUAUCACUUGGGAAGUAAAGGAAUUCUUCGUCUAUUUAUAUAAACAAUGAUGUUCAACAUCGCUGUAAAAAUUCUCAUGUCAAAGCUGAUGCCUUAAGGUCCUUUAUGGCAGUUGUGAAAUGUGUGUUGCAGAAGAGGUGGCAUAGGGCAUUGUGUACUUCUUGUUGUUUAUUUUUAUUGAACUUAUGUCUGCUGGCUGCUCAUUUCAAAUAUUGUUUUAUUUAUUAUUGCUGCUUACAUAUGUAAGCAGCAGCACUAUAGAACUAUUAUCAUGAAACUUGGAGUGAAACAAGCUAAGCAAGAAUACAAUAUAAUCGCAUAGACUAGUCAGACAAACAAACAUACUUGCUAACUGCUGUCAGCGAAAGUCAAAAGUCUGUGAAAUUUUGAGAUGUGCAUCAGACUUCUUAGCUGAAAGGCAGUUGUCAGUCAACCCUUCUGCUUAUACUCCACAGCAAAAACAUGAAUAAAUAGUAAAAUGUCAAGAAAGCAAAAAUUUAGGGAAAUACACACUUUGAAUAGCUGUUUUUGGGGAGAAAAAUAGUUCUAAAAUCUGAAGAAAACACUAUUCUGAACAACUCAAUUUAACUUGGAGGAAGUGAAUCUUCUGGCAUAAGAAACAGACCAUGCAUCUGGAUCAAUGGCUUUGGCAUUACUUGAGUUCAGCAUUUGCCCACAUGUGACUUUUGAUUAAUUUGUUUGCUAUGAAUGCAGAACAUGAGAAUGCUGAUCAGAGUUUUGGUUGCAGCAUUUUGACAUAUUUUGGUCCAAUUUUAAGUGCUUGAGUGAUAUUUAUAUACUUUGAUAUUUGUGCCUUUCCCACAGAGUUGUUUAAAUGACAGUGUGUUCAUUUAUUGCAAUAAAUUACUGGAUCAUGA